AUGGUUGUGAGGAUUUCGUUCUCUGGGGUUCGAAUCGUCUUUAGUAGUGCCCUUCUCUUCGGCUUCGGGGCCUUCGUCCGGGGAUACCUUCGCCACUCUGAGUUGGCGAAGGCCUUGACCGCCUGUGAAAACCAGCUUCCCGGUGAUGGCGCUGCCACCUAUCCACAGGAUGCGAUACCUGGCGGCCGAAAUGUAGAGACCCCUUAUGGGACUAUUCGGGUCUACGAAUGGGGACCCGAAGACGGAGAGAAAGUCCUACUCCUCCAUGGAGUGUCGGCUCCCGCCUUGACUGUGAGCGGCUUAGCCGAUGAACUGGCGCUGAGGGGAUUCCGAGUCCUGAUGUUUGAUCUUUUCGGCCGCGGAUACUCCGAAAAUCCAGCUGGACAUGAUCAUGACAUCCGCCUCUACACAACCCAGAUCCUGCUCGCCCUUGCCUCCUCGCCCCUCCCUUGGCUGGGAAGCGAGUCUUUCCAUUUAAUAGGCUACUCGUUCGGCGGCGGGCUCUCGGCGGCCUUUGCGCGGUUCUUCCCCGCCACCAUCAAGUCCUUGACGUUGAUCGCGCCUGGCGGUCUUCUCAGACAGACAACCACGGAUUGGAAGCAGAGGCUCCUCUAUUCGAGAGGGCUUUUCCCACAACGCCUGCUGCAAUACAUAGUCAGGAGGCGCUUAGCGCCACCGAGUGACCCGUCGAGACCAAAAUCUUCAAACCUAUCCGAGCCAUCUAUAACAGUACCGCCUAUGCGUGGCGGGCACGACACAACCGGUGGGGAUAGCUUCGACGGCGCCGGAAUCUCCAGGUUCCUACCAACGGUGACCGUGGAGCAGACGAUGGCGUGGCAGGUUUCUCAGCAUCGAGGAUUCGUCCCCGCCUUCAUGAGUAGUAUGCGUCACGGGCCAAUCUUUGAGCAAUACGAGCUGUGGUCCGCGCUCGCCGGGAAGCUCAGAUCCCGGAAGCUGGAAUCGGAACAGGGAAGAGUCUCGCCCCUUCGUGGUGGUAAGGUCCUGUUCGUCCUUGGCCAGCUGGAUCCGGUGAUUAAGGAGGAGGAACUGCGGGCGGAUGCGAACGUAGUGUUAGGAGAUGACUUGGUGGAGUAUCUCGUCAUGAACGCCGGUCACGAACUUGUCAUGACAAAGGUCCACGAAAUCACAACUUCGCUUGUAGGCUUUUGGAAUGGCCAAGGUAUCUAG